AUGAACUCUUCUUCACCACCAAGUUUACAAAUACUGAACUUGUCCUCUCUACCACUGGAAAUGAUGAUUGAAAUUGCAAAAUAUCUUCCUCUCCGAUUGGUGUUGAGUGACUCCUUUUUGAUCCCUCUCAAAUAUGUUCUCGGAAUGGAUGUCUAUUCCAUUGAAAUGGAAAGGAGUAAAAUUCAUCAAGAUGUUGACUCAACGAUGGGCCAAACACAUGAAUGGACAAGGCAACAUCUUCCAUUGAAUAAUAAUAGAGAGGUUGAGAUUUAUUGGAGGCAAUUUCUCUCUCAUCAUGUGAGGAAACAAUUUCAAAGCCUCGACCCACGAUCAUUGGGACCUAUUGCUCUACUUUCCCGAAUUUUCAAAUAUACUUCAAAAUGUACGAUUCAAAAGUUUCCCUUUUAUUUCAGGAAUGGUUGUAUUGAAACAGAGAUCUGUAACAUUCUUUGUAUUCCAGAUGAAUUUAAAUUCAUAUUUAUGGAUAAAUUGAAAAUUAUUCCAAAAUAUUCCAUUGAAGAGCGAGGAAAACCACAACAAUCAAAAGGAGAAAAGAACAAAGAAAGAGCUAUUGCAGAGUUUGAAAAUAAGAGCUGGAGUAUCACAGAGUUACAAUUUCUCUUGGGCUUUGUUGAGAGAAAUUCCUUUAUUUUCAUUCUUAAAAACGAGAUCAUUGGAAAGAAACAUCCAAACCUUUCAAAAACCUUGAAAGAUGACAUAGAUGUGGAGUUGGUAUAUUGUAACAGAUCCUUAACACAUCAUGAAUAUUGUGAGUUGUCCAUGUAUUUGUCGAACAAAUUUAAUUUUGAUAAACCCAUGAGAAUAAGAGGAAGUGCUACGAUGAAGGAUGGAGUUUUUGAAUUGAAAAACAUUAGAUAUACACCAUUAGAAACACAACCAAUGAUCAAGAAUUUAUCAGAUACAUGGUAUUCAAUAUUUUCAAAAUUUGUGCGGUGUUGUUCCAACUCUGCUCAGGAAAGGCUAUGUCAUGAAAUACUCCUUCAGCAUUUUUGGUAUCCUGGAACUGAAAUCGAGAUUACUACUUCAAAAACGGGUUACAUGAAGUCAGACGUUGUGAAUAGUGUGAGCUUGUAUUUGAAUGAUACACCAGAAAUUGUGAAAACUAUUGAUUCUCUGGUUAGAUUUGACACAGCGGAUUCUGUUGAAAAAGUAAUUGUGUCUUUCAAUCCUAGAACCUCCAAGAAAACAUGUCAAAUAUUCCCUCAAAAGAUACCCUUUUCUGUGCUUCAUAUUUCAAUGAUUGUCGCUAUCACGUAUUUUGCAUUAGCCAACUCCUGCUUGCUGAACUGGAAAUAUUCAAGACAAUUUUACAACUCCAACCAUUUUUCAUUUAAGGGAAUUUUAUUAUUUUCGAUUCUUGAUGUAUUUUCCUUCGCAGGAUAUCCUUUCAAAGCCUUACUUUCUUAUUUAUGGGGAUGCUUCAAAGAACAGCAUGUGACCUUUAUCGAGAGUGUGUGUAACUUAGGAUUUGCAAGAUAUCUUAUUUGGACCAUAGUUUCGACAUUCAAAAGUUAUUACAGAUACCAUGAAGUUGAGAUUCCACUCACAUCCACCUUACCUGACAAAUCAAAUACCAAGUUGAGCAAAACCGAUUAA